GUCAAUUUUGCCACUCCCACCCUAGUUGAAUACUCCUCAGUCAUCGCCUCUCUCCUCCCACCAUUGUUCUUCUCUUUCCCCGUACAGCCCACCCAACUCCCUCGCAGAAGAAUGGUGCUAUGGUCAUAUCCACCAACGCCUAAGCAGCUCUCUCUCACUCUCUGCGGUGUCGUCGUCGGAGUCUCCUUCAUUUGCGCCGGCGCUUACCUUUCCUACGCCAACAUAGCCCCUCAACAAGCCCGCGCCAAGGCCCGCAAGGACUACGUCAAAUCCCGUCUCCGGCAGCUCCUCCAGGAUUAAAUUACCAUGUUCUUCUAUGCAUCUCUUAGAUUUAUUCUAUUCUUCUGAUUUCCAAGUCUUCUUUAAAAUUUUAAUAGUAAUUUCUUUACUCGAUUACAUACUCCAAAAGUUUUACUUGCAAUUGCUUGUGAAAAAUAUUGAAAUUGACGAAGGAUUUGAAACUAAGGGUAGAGAAUGAAGAAAAUGGAUUAUAGUAAUAAAAAAGAAAAUUGCCCAGACCUUUGCUUUCUUUUCUCUUCCCUUUCUUUCUUUCUUUGUAAUUUCAGCUUCACUCAUGACACAUAGAUUAGAUUUGUUGGCAUUUGGGUUUGUUUUUUUUAAUCUCAAGUCUUACUGAAUAGUUAAAUAUUCUCCAUCACGAUAUAUGGAUUGAAUUGUUUAAUCUUCUCUAUUAGGAUAUUUUGAUCGAAUUGUUAAAUCUUUUUUAUCAUCAUAUUUUGAUUGAUGUAGUGUAUGGAAAUAUGAAACUAAAAUUGUUGGCGUUUGACUUGAAUCCUUUUCUUUUUAAUUAAGUGAUUUCUAGUCGAUAUUAGCUGAUUUGUGUUCCUCUGUUACUGACAGUUUGAUGUUCUGAUACUGGAUUGUUGAUCUUUACUGUUACUUCUGGUUCUUCUCUAGCAACUGUUCCAGAAAGAUUGAAUAUUUGUUGUCAUUUUUGGAUUUCUCAUUGAAUUGUUCCACUUUGGAGGUUGAGGUUAAGGACUGUCUCUAUUUGGAACACAUUUGUGUUCUAUGUGUACCAGUAUUAUGGGCGAAGCUUAAAUCUUUGUUGUAUUGAGCGUUUUCCAGUUUGGGAGGAUUGUAUUAUAUGGAAGUCAUUCCACAAUCAAGUGUCCAAACAUCUCCUACGGUCAACCUUACAUGUGCUUAUACUCUUGCUGUUCAAACCCCCUCCUUUGGUGAGAUAUGGACCAAGAUUCAUCUGGACACCCCUUCUGAACAGAAUGUUGACGUAACCGAAGUUAAUUUUGAGGAGCCCUUGCAAAUAGAGGGUCUACUCAAACCAAGCCAUUAUGAUGUAAAAGAAGCACUUUCUGAAAUUAGAGUUGACACCUUCACCCAAGUUGUCUCUGACUUCUUUUACCAGAGCGAGGAAACUGCCGCGAAAUGCCUGCUUCUUUCAGAAUGCAUGCACCAUGCUCGCCAUUUAUGUGACCCACUCCAAAGGCUUGCGGAUACCUUUUCAUUAGACAUUGACGUGGUGGCCAAUUACUCUCUUUGUAAAGACCGAUGUGAUACAGCAUUAGAAGUUUUUCGUCAAUUUGACGAGCUUGAAAAUCCAUUCCCCAGUGAUGAUUCUCACAGCAUUUUUAAAGAUAUGCACGAUUGCUACUUCCAGCUGAAGAAACAGAUUGACCUUUGGAUUGAAAACUCGCGCUCAAAGAUUCACCUUUCCCGUCAUGCCACUGCAAUAUGUUUUCUUGUAGCUGUUGUCGGAGUGGUCACUUGUGUUAUUCUGAUAGCUACUCCUGUCCUCGUGAUUCUGUUUGCGACCCCUAUUUGUCCUGCUUUUAUUCCUUUGAAGAUAACUAAAAAAGAAUCAGCCCAUCUAGUGCAGCUUGAUGAUGUCUCGAGGGAAACUUUUGUCCUCGAUAAUUACCUUGAAACCCUUGAUUGCCUGGUUGAUCCUUUGCAUAAUUCAGUGGAGGACUUCAAGCGCGAUGUUAGGUUUGUGCUUGAGAGAAGCAUGGACAAAUACAUCAUUCAGGAGGUUGUGAAGCAACUGCUAAGAAGGAAUAAGAGUUUUUUAGAGCAGCUUACUUGUCUUGAGGUGCACUUAUGUCUGUGCUUCACUGCAAUAAACCGAGCUAGAUCUAUCCUGCUCAAUUAUCUUCUUGUUCAUCAAAUUCAUUCUUCAUAGCAAGCUAUCCACACAUAAAUAUCCUCAAAUGUUGCAGUUCCACAACACAUGCUUGGUGCAGUAUAAGAGAGUAUGAGACACACCAAACCCAACUACACGCUCAAAUAAGGCAAAGACACGCCACAACAACAUCAAAAAAUGAAGGCUGCUUUGACCAGGAGAUGGCAUGUGACCAGAGGGGGGGGGGGGAAUCAAGAGCAUAAAGGGAAGGGUGACACUAGGGGUGAAGACAAUUCCAGUCAGGUUCAAGCAGUUAUGGGUCAGGUACUAAAGCUAAGUUCAAAUG